AUGGCCACCGUUCCUUCUCGCUGGUUUCACGCUGCCUCCUCCCUAGGCUCGACAAUAUACUUCACAGGAGGAACGACAUACGACAGCACAGGAAAGAUCGUACUCUUGAGCGAUACCAUCGGCCUUGAUGUAUCACAAGCAUGGGAGACCAGCAGCCCGCUCUUGAACACCCUAGCUGAGGUACCAGCGACGGUCAGUGGACACGUCAUGAGCAAGAUCUCAGGAACAACACAGCUCCUCAUCGCAGGCGGAGAGUCAACCUCGCCACUCACUCAGGCGUCUUUUACAUAUCUUUUCGAGACUAAAGAUGGCAGCUGGUCUGUCAUAGCCACCCCUACACCCCCUAACCGCCGCCUCUACUCCGCUGCCAUCGCCACCGGAAAAGACGGUCUUUUGCUUGAAGGAGGUUACCUCACCACAGUUGCCAAUGGCACCUUUGACCCCUCUCUAGUAUCUCUCAACCCUGCCGCUAAAUUCCAACCAAGCUCAACAACCGCAGUCGCCUUGGCCGCCGAUGCACCCGCCCUUGCACGACACACCAUGACGCUUACAACAGAUGGUCAGGCUGUGAUUCUUGGCGGUAUCACCCCACAAGGAGCUGUCGCCAAUCUCUCAAUAGCUCACGUUCUCAACACACAGAACACUGGCGGAUGGAAAGCCGUCCCACUGGCUGGAACGGCACCCGACCCACGCAUGUCCUUCUCAACCGUCAUGGUCAACUCCACUACUAUGUUGGUCUAUGGUGGAACUAUAGACCUCAAAACUGGAUACUCGAACGCCUUCUACCUGGAUCUCCCUACAUGGACAUGGUCUUCACCGCCAGCACAAGGAGAUGCGCCUAGUCUCUGGGGUCAUACGGCAACAAUGGCGGGCAAUUUCAUGGUCGUCGGUUUUGGGACGUCCUCAACACCCAGAACAGAAAACAUUGCACUCCUAGAUGUCACCAGCAACACAUGGACGAAAAAAUUCCGACCUGUUGGGCAAUACGCGCCCGACGAAACCUCCAAGUCAAAACUGAGCGUGGGAGCCGUUCUGGGAAUCGCGUUUGUGCUCACGGCGCUUAUUGUUGGCGGAGCGUUCCAUCUCCUGGUCCGCCGGCGAAAGCGACAGACAAGGAACACGUUGGCACGACAGAACAUGGGCGACCACACUGCACGGUCAGCGGUCCGAUCGAGUGCAUUGAAUGAAGAUCGGAGUCUGUUCAGGAAACUGGCGUCGUUGCUCGGGAUUGGAGGAUCAUCCUCUUCUCGCAGCAGGGAUAACUCGAGGCGGUCUGUGCGGUACUCGGAAAUGCAGCUGCACUCGAGCGCGAUGGCGAUCAGUUCUCGGAUGACCCAGAGGGGCUACUCGCCCGUCAGCUUGGGAUACCCUGAGAAUGUGGUCGAGCACGGAUGUGGCCAGGUCUCGGUCUCGAGCUACAUCUACCCGAACCAGGCCUGUGUUGAGACCGAAAAGGAGGUCCAAGACGGACAGGAGACGCAGAUCGUCUUCCAUAUCCUUACCCAAGCCCAACAGGAAGCCCUCAAGCUUAGCAAACAACCACCAUCUAACAAAUCCAAGCUGCACCAGCUAGACUACUAA